AUGCUAACUUCCAAACGUCGUCUUCCUCCCUUCCAGACUCUGGCCCAUCAUCGCCAACGUAGGAAAGAAGAAAACCCUGGCGGAAUGGUCGGCGGAACACAUCACGAAGCACGGCCGACCGCUUCGCAUCGCCGUGGACGAAGCGCAUUGGAGAUAUAA